UGUCACGUGGUUAGGAUUAGCGUCUCAUGCAUGCACCAUAGACAUAUAUAGAUGGCAUGGACGAUUAACUACGAUAAAGUAAAAGGGAAACCAAUAACAGCAUGCAUAUUCAACGAAUUAAUGUUUACACACCUUCUACCAGACUGUUGCAUAUAACGAGUGUCAACGUUACGUUGUAUGCUUUGGAUCGAUAGGCAUAUCUUAUUUCCAGGUUUUCCUAGUAGGACAAUAUAGCCAGCAAUAAUGAGAUUAAUCAACUUUUUGAUGAAAAAUGUCAACUCUAAAAUCGAGUAUUACUCGAGAUUUUCACCUUCACCGAUGUCAAUCAAACAGUUUCUCGAUUUCGGUAGGGAGAAUGCAUGUGAGAAGACCUCCUAUAUGUUCCUGAGGAAGGAGCUGGCUGUUCGAUUCGCCAACACCAUGCGAGAGGUCAAUUUGUUGCCAAGCAACCUGAUCAGUCAACCAUCCGUCAAACUGGUGCAGACGUGGUAUAUUCAGAGUUUUGAGGAGUUGCUAGAGUUUGAAGCCCAAAGCCCUGAGAGUGUUCGCACACUGAAUGACUUCCUGGACACCCUUAAUAAGAUCCGUAAUCGGCACAAUGAUGUAGUACCCACUAUGGCCCAAGGGGUGAUUGAGUACAAGGAUGAGUUUGGCUUUGACCCCUUCAUCAGCAGCAAUGUACAGUACUUCCUGGAUCGUUUCUAUACCAACCGAAUCUCCGCCCGUAUGCUCAUCAACCAGCACACACUCCUCUUUGGUGACACCACAGCCCAUCCAAAACACAUAGGAGGCAUUGACCCUGGCUGCCGUGUGACCGAAGUGGUGAAAGAUGCCUACGACACAGCCAAGAUGCUCUGUGAGCAAUACUACAUGAUGGCGCCGGCUCUGAACCUUCAAGAAGCCAAUGCCAAAGGCCAAGAAAAGCCUAUCCAGGUGGUGUAUAUCCCCUCUCAUCUCUUCCACAUGCUCUUUGAACUUUUUAAGAAUUCCAUGAGGGCCACGGUGGAGUUGCACAAGGACGCCAGCAGGGGGCUCCCUCCAGUCACAGCUUUGGUGACCCUAGGAAAAGAGGACCUCUCGAUAAAGAUCAGUGAUUUGGGUGGUGGGGUGCCUCUUAGAAAAAUCGAGAGGCUUUUUAAUUACAUGUAUUCAUCUGCACCCACGCCAAGUCUGGACCUCUCAGAGUCUGCAGUCCCUCUGGCAGGAUUUGGCUAUGGCUUGCCUAUCUCCAGGCUGUAUGCCCGCUACUUCCAGGGAGACCUGAACCUGUACUCCAUGGAGGGAGUGGGGACAGAUGCAGUCAUAUACCUUAAGGUCCUGUCAAGUGAGUCCUUUGAACGUCUUCCUGUCUUCAACAAGUCAGCAUGGCGCCACUACCAGGUAGGGCCAGAGGCAGACGACUGGAGCAACCCCAGCAGCGACCCACGCGACGCAACCACGUACAAAUCAAAUCACUGAGCUUUACCAAGCAACAAAGAUGGUUGAUUUAUCGAUUCAUUUGUUUAUUUAUUUAUAUUUGUGAUAAAAUUUGCGCUGCUAAUUUGUUACACAAAAAAGGGGAAGGGCUUGGAAGGCUGUGUACCUCUCCAGUGUCAUUUUUAGCAUAGUCAGUAAAGAGACUUGGUGAAUGUUUGCAGUGAAUGCAUGAACACCUAAACUGUCUAAAUGAAAUGAUUUUCAGAGAAUGUAGCAAUUUAUUAUGCAUCUAUAACAAUAGAGAAGAGUGGGGAUAUUAUGUUUGUUUACAUACUAUUUUACUGAUGCUGGUGGUACUAUAUCCUACACGUUGUCUCUUUUGUCUCACGUUUUUCACUUUAAGAGCAACAGCAAUUUUGCAGAGCUGUAACCCUGUCAUGCCAAAGUUUUAGUCUCAAACAACGUUUUGUAGGCUACAUUAAGUUUUUUUUUUACUAUUAACAAUGGCUGUGUCAGUCAGAAACUUGGAUGUGUUACUGAGGUUGUUGUAUAGCACUUUAAAUAUUCUUAGGUACAUAAACUAUUAUUUUACAAUGUCGAAAUGCGAAUGUUUAAUGCUGUGUUACAUUAUUAUAUCCUAAUUUGUUCUAUUUUUGAUGCAUGGAUGUGACUAUUGUCAUGUGUCAUACGUACAGCUGUGUUUAACUCAGGUAGUUUAACAUCACAAUUGGCAGAAUUAAAAAAGAGGAUUCCAUGAAUUCUUGCCUCCCUGCCUUGUUCCUCACAAACAUUGUGCAUGUCUGAUCUGUGUGACCACACAUGGGGAAAGUAGAGGCUGCUCUGGAAACUCUGGCAAGCGCUCCUGGGCAUCAAGGAUGGCUACAAGGAACAGCUGCCACAACAAGAUGGAGGGGUCGCUUGAAUGAGUGGUGCUGCAUCUGAUGCAUCAAGGAGCAGCUGCCACAACAAGAUGGAGGGGGUCGCUUGAAUGAGUGGUGCUGUAUCUGAUGCAUCAAGGAGCAGCUGCCACAACAAGAUGGAGGGGGUCGCUUGAAUGAGUGGUGCUGCAUCUGAUGCCUCAGAAAAGAGCAUCCCAGCCGAUCCAGAUGAUGUGGGAUCAGUGGAGUUAUACCUUUCAUAACAGGGAGGAGGAGGAGGAGGACCUAGAGGAGACCUAGAAGGUUAUCAGUGUGGAACCUUUUGAGUGUGUACUUUUGAGUCUCCCUUUCAUUCCUACCCGAACGCUCGUUUGUGCUGAUGACCCAAUGCUGUUUGCAUGAACCAGGAGUGAGCGCUGGUGGCGCUAGAACCAGGAAAGGCAUCGCUUGUUGUGAGGAUGAGGAUGAGCACUCACUGAGGCUCUCCUUCUACUCCUACCUAGAAUGAGAGCUCACGUCACAAGCGGGGGUCAAGAGGUUAGAACCAUCAGUGAUUAGAGUCUGUGUGUGUGUGGUAGCACACUGGUCUGAGCGUAAACCUACCCUGUUAGGACAAAAUGAUGAGACGGCUUUCACAUCGUGCAAUAAGCUCUUUCACUUCUGUGUCAUGGCUCUAACGUUGUACAACGCUCCUGUCAUCUGUGGAGUUUGGUGGAGUGAAUGUUUGCUGGUUUGCCGUGCAGAUACAUCACAGGCCAGCCCCCACAGACCCUAGAUUUCCCUAAACAUGGCCUCUUGUCACCACAUAGCAUGGAAAUCAUGACACUCCACGUUAAUUGUAGUUAGUGAUCAUGGUAAUACAACAUUAUCAAUUCUAAAGUCCUAGAAUUAUAAAACGUUUGCUUACUGAUGAUAUGUAUCAGAUAAUGUUAUGCUUUAGGUGCUUUGUUUUCCAAAUAAAGAUUUUAAGUCAAAAA